UUGGAAGAGAUCAAAGAAGGUCAAGGGGAGACUUUUGACCAUCACCAGCGGAAUGUUAAGUGAUGAACUCGACAAAGUCCAGGAUUAACGAGCGAAAACACGGCAUCAGGACAUCACCAAUCUGGUGGUCUUGGCCUCAUCAUCAUCAUCAUGAUCAUGAUCAUCAUGAUCAUCAUGACAUAGAUGGCUGCUGUCCUCAGGGCUGGACUCAGGUGGAUGAUCACUGUUACAUCUUCCAAUCUGAAGUCAGGACUUUUGCAGAUGCAGAGAGUGUUUGCAACACUCUUGGUGGGAAUCUGGCCUCCAUCCACAGUUACCUGGAAAAUCUGGCUGUUGCGGGACUGAUUAAAGAAGGGGGUGCGGACUAUGCUUGGAUUGGACUCCAUGAUGCCAUUAAGAAAGGCAACUAUAUUUGGACUGAUGGCACCAACGUUGAAUUCCUCAACUUUGCUCCCGUAGAGCCUAACGGCACUGGUGCCUGUGUUGAGCUUUACGUAGCUGAUUUCACAUUUUUUGAUGAGGACUGUACCAUAUUCCACCCCUAUGUUUGCACCAGGGAGACCUACCACUGUGGCCACCACUAAUCAGACCUCCUACCAGCAUCUUCUGGAACAAUGUCUUUCAUUGACCACCAUGACUCCACUCAGUCCAUAUCAAACUUUACUGGUGUCUUUGUAACUCUGGGUUUACUAUCACAUGUUCUUCAUGUCUUCUACACUGUUCAGUCAUUGGCAGCAGUCGGUCAAACACAUUGGAA